AUGAAGGAUAAAUUUAAAAAAUUUGAAAAGAAAUUCAAUGUUUAUAAUUAUGUUUUCAGUGAUCAGCAUAUUAAAGAAAUGUUGGAAGAUAUCAAAAAUUUUAAAGAAAAAAAGGAUGUUCAAGAUUUUCUAAAUAAUUAUAACAAGUUUGAAAAUUUUGAAAGCAAUGACAUAACAGAACGAAUGAGUCAUUUUAUAUUAAUAGUAAUCAAAACAUACUGGAAUUUAUUUGCAAGAAAUGAAGCUUACUUCACCGAGUUAUAUUCUGAGGAGCAUAUCCGUUCUAUCUUAUAUACACCAAUGUUUGAUGCUUUAUUCUUCAAUAAAGAUUCAAGUGAUGCAAAUAGUGAAAGGCGUAACAAAGAUAAAGAGAAUGUGUCAGAACGUACACGAAAUCCCCUUAUUCCAGAUAUCAAAGUAAACUAUGCUAUUUAUGAAGCUGAAGUUGUUACAUUUGAGCAAGCAAAAACUGCUGCUCGGAAAAAGGGUCUCAAUAAAGCAAUCAAUGAUUCAAAUAAAUUAUCUAUACUAUUACAUGAUCAAAUUACUCAUUUUCAUUCUAUCCUGGAAAAAAGAUCUUUGAAAAAUUAUAUUAAUUUGAUAAAUGUAUUUGGUAUCCGCAUUUCUGAAUUAGAUCUGGAUAUCCACAUCAUGUAUUUAGCUGCUCCUGAACUUUACCUGAAACACAAACUCUUUUCAAUAAAUCUUCCUAAACGACUUUCUGGUUUUUGCUCCAUAAGAACUUGUUUAAUUGACUUAAUUAGAUUUAGGUUGAUUUUAGAUGAAUCUUAUGAUUCAUUUAAAGGAAUUAUAAGGCUUGAUUCAUUAGAUUCUAGACUUGCAAAUCCUGACACCUCAUGGAUCGUCAACAUUAAAGAAUAG